GGCGUCUCAGAGAAAGGGAGGGAGGGAGCCACCCGCGCGUGAAGCUACAGCAGCGUUCAGAGCCUCCCCCUCCCACCCAGGCGGGACCUGGGGGCUCCGGCCGGACCCAUGGGGGCGGCAAGCUGCGAAGAUGAGGAGCUGGAAUUUAAGCUGGUGUUCGGGGAAGAAAAGGAAGCCCCCCCGCUGGGCGCGGGGGGCCCUGGGGAAGAGCUGGACUCAGAGGAUGCCCCUCCCUGCUGUCGUUUGGCCCUUGGGGAACCCCUUCCUUAUGGUGCUGCCCCUAUUGGUAUUCCCCGACCCCCACCCCCUCGGCCAGGCAUGCACUCACCACCACCCCGUCCAGCCCCUUCACCUGGCACCUGGGAGAGCCAGCCGGCUCGGUCGGUGAGGCUGGGGGGCCCAGGAGGGAGUGCGGGGGGUGCUGGGGGAGGUCGUGUUCUUGAGUGUCCCAGCAUUCGGAUCACUUCCAUCUCUCCCACGCCUGACCCACCGACCUCGCUAGAGGACACUCCUGAAACCUGGGGAGAUGGCUCUCCUAGAGAUUACCCCCCACCAGAAGGCUUUGGGGGCUAUCGAGAGGCAGGAAGCCAGGGCGGAGGUGCCUUCUUCAGCCCGAGCCCUGGCAGCAGCAGUUUGUCUUCGUGGAGUUUCUUCUCCGAUGCCUCGGACGAGGCCGCCCUGUAUGCAGCAUGCGACGAGGUGGAGUCUGAACUUAAUGAAGCAGCCUCUCGCUUUGGCUUGAGCUCUCCACUGCCUUCGCCCCGGGCUUCUCCUAGGCCCUGGACCCCGGAGGAUCCAUGGAGCCUCUACGGUCCAAGCUCCGGAGGCCGAGCGCCAGAGGAUAGCUGGCUACUCCUCAGCGCUCCUGGGCCCAUCCCAGCCUCCCCGCGGCCUGCUUCACCCUGUGGCAAGAGGCGCUAUUCCAGUUCAGGAACCCCGUCUUCGGCCUCCCCAGCUCUGUCCCGCAGGGGCAGCCUUGGGGAAGAGGGUCCAGAGCCACCUCCACCGCCCCCAUUGCCUCUGGUCAGGGAUCCUAGUUCUCCAGGCCCUUUUGACUAUGUCGGAGCUCCAACAACCGAGAGCAUCCCUCAGAAAACCCGGAGGACUUCUAGCGAGCAGGCGGUGGCCCUGCCUCGGUCUGAGGAGCCUGCCUCCUGCAAUGGGAAGCUGCCCUCCGGAACAGAAGAGGCUGUGGCCGCUCCGGGAGGUCUGCGGAAAGAGGUGGCUGGCAUGGACUAUCUAGCAGUGCCUUCUCCCCUUGCAUGGUCCAAGGCCCGGAUUGGGGGACAUAGCCCCAUCUUCAGGACCUCUGCCCUACCUCCCCUGGACUGGCCUUUGCCCAGCCAGUAUGAACAGCUGGAGUUGAGGAUUGAGGUGCAGCCUAGAGCACACCAUCGAGCCCACUACGAGACAGAGGGCAGCCGAGGUGCUGUCAAAGCUGCCCCUGGAGGUCACCCUGUGGUCAAGCUCCUAGGCUACAGUGAGAAGCCGCUGACUCUCCAGAUGUUCAUUGGCACUGCGGAUGAAAGGAGCCUGCGGCCACAUGCCUUCUACCAGGUGCACCGUAUCACUGGCAAGAUGGUGGCCACGGCCAGCUAUGAAGCUGUAGUCAGUGGUACCAAAGUGUUGGAGAUGACCUUACUCCCAGAAAACAACAUGGCCGCAAACAUUGACUGUGCUGGAAUCCUGAAGCUUCGAAAUUCAGACAUUGAACUUCGGAAGGGUGAGACGGACAUCGGGCGCAAAAACACACGUGUGCGGCUGGUGUUCCGUGUACACGUGCCUCAGGGCGGCGGGAAGGUCGUCUCUGUGCAGGCAGCGUCAGUGCCCAUCGAAUGCUCCCAGCGCUCAGCCCAGGAGCUGCCCCAGGUGGAGGCCUACAGCCCCAGUGCCUGCUCUGUGAGAGGAGGGGAGGAACUAGUGCUGACCGGUUCCAACUUCCUGCCAGACUCUAAAGUGGUGUUCAUUGAGAGGGGCCCUGAUGGCAAGCUGCAGUGGGAGGAGGAGGCUGCGGUGAAUCGGCUACAGAGCAGUGAGGUGACACUGACUCUGACUGUCCCUGAGUACAGCAACAAGCGGGUAUCCCGGCCAGUCCAGGUCUACUUCUACGUCUCCAACGGGAGGAGGAAGCGCAGUCCUACCCAAAGUUUCAAGUUCCUACCUGUGAUCUUCAAGGAGGAGCCCCUACCAGACUCAUCUCUCCGGGGCUUCCCUUCCACGUCGGGUCCCCCCUUUGGCACUGACAUGGACUUCUCACCACCCAGGCCCCCCUACCCCUCCUAUCCCCAUGAAGACCCUGCUUAUGAGACUCCUUACCUGUCCGAAAGCUUUGGUUAUAGCACCCCCACUCUAUACCCCCAGACGGGGCCCCCACCAUCCUAUAGAUCAGGCCUGCGGAUGUUCCCUGAGACUGGAGGUACCACAGGUUGUGCCCGCCCGCCUGCAGUCUCCUUCCUUCCUCGCCCCUUUCCCAGUGAUCCUUAUGGAGGACAGGGCUCUUCUUUUGCCCUGGGGCUUCCGUUCUCCCCUCCAGCUCCCUUUAGGCCUCCUUUACCUUCCUCCCCAUCCCUUGAAGACCCCUUCAAUCCCCAGAAUGCUGCCCACCCAUUACCUGCUGAGGGCUACAAUGAGGUGGGGCCAGGCUAUACCCCUGGGGAGGGGGCUUCGGAGCAGGAGAAAUCCAGGGGUGGCUACAGCAGCGGCUUCAGAGACAGUGUACCUAUCCAGGGUAUCACCCUGGAGGAAGUGAGUGAGAUCAUUGGCCGAGACCUGAGUGGCUUCCCUGCCCGUCCUGGAGAAGAGCCUCCUGCCUGAACCACGUGUAGUGGCUCCAGAAGCCCCGCCUCCUUGUCCUUUUAACUGGGGCGAUGGCUCCAGAAGCUUGGGGGCCAACUCUAGUUUCUUUUUGCCCAGCUUUUAUCUUCCCGUCCCCUUCUCCCUCUCCCAGCUGAGGUGUGGCCCCCGGCCUGGUGCUGCCUUGAAAGGGAGUGAGAGUGUGGAUAGGGGCUGAGGCCGGAUGCCAGAACUGACGGGACGAAGAUGCUGUCCGGGCUGUGGUGCGGGCAGGCUGGGCAGGUUGAUGGGUAAUAAAGUGCUCACU